AUGGCGUCGUCGUUUUGGAAAGGUGUUGUCGGAGUGGGUCUUUUUGCUUUAGCUCAUGCGGCUUUUUCAGCGGCACAACAUCGAUCGUACAUGAGGCUCACAGAGAAAGAAAAUGAAACACUACCAAUAGACAUUGUAUUACAGACUUUAUUAGCCUUUGUCAUGACCUGUUAUGGUAUUGUCCACAUCGCUGGAGAGUUCAAAGAGAUGGAUGCCUCCUCAGAGUUGAAAAACAAAACAUUCGACACGUUGACGAACCACCCGUCAUUUUACCUUUUCAACCACAGAGGCCGAGUGCUUUUCAGAUCAUCAGAGGAGGUCCCGUCUGAAUGCAACCAGCAAGCCCUCCCCAACCCCUUGCGACUACGCAAGCUGGAGAAUUUCCACUGA